AUGUCUAGUGAAGCUAUUUCUACCGGGUCCAUCGUCUUCGUCGGUCCGACACACGAAUCACCACUUGAGGGGUUCAUGUACCUUCUGGUGACCAAGGUCAAGGGUACUUCGGCGAUCGUGCGCAAGACAGGACCCGACGCGACCGAUUCCUGCCCAGAACGGCCACCUGAUCGCAUUCGUCCACGUGCCGGCACAUCCAUCGACCAAUGGGCGUGCGGGCUGGUGACGGGCUAUUACAUGCGUAAUGGCAAGGUUAAGAUCCACCUACGACAUGAAUCCCAAGCUCUGUACAUCAAACUGACGAGUCUCUCAACCGUGAUAGCGGUAGAUCGAUUCAACUACGCGCUACGAACUGGCGUUACCGUCAACGCUACCGUACUAAACGCACUCGAGCUGUUAGACCGGCAGAGCGAGGUCAUCGUGGCGUGCGGUAAGAGUAGAACAGGAAUCCCGGUUCAUGUGACGUCUUCGCUGUUAAGCUUUCCAUUUUAG